AUGGACGAAAAUUUACUACGUAAACAAUAUGCCCAAGUUACUUCACUCAGCCAAAUACGAGUUUCCAGCUAUCAUAGUGCCAAAAUGCAAAUUUAUACCUCUGAAAAGCAUGGUUGUGAUACAACUGGAGAUGGAACAGAAAAGGCUCCACUGAAAACUGUUCUGCAAGCCUUAAUCAAGUUAGAUGGUAAAGUCAAUGCAGAUACACGUAUCUGGGUUGAUGGUGUUGGAGAUGAGACAUGGGAUGUUGUGUCAAAAAGCAAACUGAAGAAAGUAAUGAAGACAUACAGUGCACAAGCAAGGAAACAGGAGAAGGGGCAACAUGAUAAAACAUCAUCUGAGAAUGGAGAUGUUAGCAACCAUCUCAGUGAAGCUAUGGAAGUUCACCUUACAUUGGAUACAACACUACCUAAAGCACAACAGUGUAAAAUUCGAGAAUUACAAACUCUAUAUGAUAAACGUGUUCAUGUUUUUGGUUGGGUGCAUCGAAUACGUCGUCAGAGUAAAACUUUAAUGUUUAUUAUUCUUCGUGAUGGUACAGGAUUUUUACAAUGUGUUUUUUCAAAUAAUUUGUGUUUAACUCAAGAUGCAAUUGCACUAUCCCCUGAAUCAACUAUCGAAAUUUAUGGAACAAUAAAACAAUUACCAGCUGGUAAAUCAGCUCCUGGAGGUAUUGAACUGCUUGCUGAUUAUUGGUCGGUGAUCGGCAAGGCACCAGCUGGUGGUGUUGACUCUGUACUGACAGUGGAGAGUGAUAUUGAUACACAGUUGGAUAAUAGACAUUUAGUUAUUCGAGGCGAAAAUACAGCUAAAAUGCUCAGACUAGUCGGUAUUGCUUUAUCAGCUUUUCGUGCACAUUAUGCUGAUCGUGGUUAUGUUGAAGUAUUGCCUCCAACAUUUGUGCAAACUCAAGUUGAAGGUGGUUCCACCCUGUUUUCUCUCAACUAUUUCGGUGAAACUGCCUAUAUGUCUCAAUCGUCCCAGUUGUAUUUAGAAACAUGUAUACCUGCAGUAGGAGACUGUUACUGUAUCACUCGCAGUUAUCGAGCUGAAAAAAGUAGAACUCGACGUCAUCUCUCCGAGUAUAAUCAUGUUGAAGCAGAAUGUCCAUUUAUUGAUUUGAAUGGUUUAUUGAAUAGAAUUGAAGAUUUAGUUGUUGAUGUCUGUGAUCGUAUUAUGAAACAAGCCGGUGAUCUGUUGUUGGACGUUAAUCCUGAGUUUAAAGCACCUAAAAGUCCAUUUAAACGCUUAAAAUAUGAAGAUGCUAUCGCUCAACUGAACAAUUUAGGUAUUACCAAAGAAGACUUAACACCUUUUCAAUUUGGAGAUGAUAUUCCUGAGGCUCCAGAACGUCGACUUGUUGAUACUAUUGGUGAACCAGUCCUGUUGACUAAUUUCCCUGCUGGUCUGAAAGCAUUCUACAUGUUGCGAACUGAAGGCGAUCGACGUCUUACUGAUUCAGUUGAUCUGCUUGUCCCAGGUGUCGGUGAAUUAGUCGGUGGUUCAAUGCGUAUGGACAAUAUUGAUGAAUUGAUGAAUGGUUAUAAAUCAGAGCAGAUUGAUCCAUCUCCGUAUUAUUGGUAUACAGAUCAGCGUAAAUUUGGAACUUGUCCACAUGGUGGUUAUGGAUUAGGCUUUGAACGAUUUCUUACAUGGCUUUUAGGCAAAGAUCAUAUACGUGAUGUUUGUCUCUACCCUCGUUUCACCAGUCGAUGUCGUCCGUAACUUCUACUCCCCGUGCGUGUGUGUGUGUGUUUGCAUGAAUGCAUACUGACCGUUACUUUCUUUCUUUCUAUUCUUCUCGCUUGUCGGCACAUUUCUCUUCUAUGUAUCUAGCUAACUUUAUUUAUUUAUUUAUAUUCUGGUUUAGAUCAUCAUUGUAUUUCUUUGAAAUGUCUUUGAUGUUUUAUUGAAAAAAACAUGUGAUCUUUUGCUGCCCAGGUUGAUGUUGUCAAUCAAAAUGCCUUGAAAUGUUCAACGAAACGAGUGUCUGAAGUCUUUUCGCAGUCUUUGUUUUCAUUCAUAAUGAAUAAAUAAAUAAAUAUUCUUG